UCUCUUUCCAUACAACAGCAGUGCAGCUCCCGUUUUCCCCGUAGUGAGCGCAGGAGUAUGCCCGGAUCGGAUACAUCAAUAUGGAAAGCUGUUGAGCCGUCCAGCUCCGGCCUGCCUGACUCGGAGCCCGCGGGGCGCUGUGGCCAUGUGGCGGUUGCCAGCGGGGACGGGCGAAGGUUGAUCGUUCUCGGAGGCUACAACGCUGAGGGCGUGCUGAGCGACGCCUGGGAGUUCCACCUGGAGAGGAGGGAGUGGGACCGAAUCUCCGUUACGGGCGGGCCGUCACCGCCGGAGAGGACUUUCUUCCGAGGCUGCGCGGGCCCUCCUCUGCCGAGCGCGACGCUACCCCAACCGCAGGGCACGGAGGCGGGGGAAGGAGAAGAAGGGCUUUUCGCUUACGUCUUCGGCGGUAUGGAUGCUGAAGGGAAUGCGACCAACGCUGUUUGGUGUUUGGACGUGGAUAAUCGGACGUGGCAUGAAGUGUACCGAGAGCAAGAACAGGGCCUGCAGCAGCAGGACGGGGCAUCGACGAGAAUGGUCGCGCCAUGUGCAAGGUCUAACCAUGCCAUGUGCAGAGCAGGCGGAGUACUGGCUGUCCACGGCGGAGAGUCUUCUUCCGGCGCUCUGCUUGGUGACGUUUGGUUCUUUCACCCGACUUCCGCGACGUGGAAGGAGGCCGGUGAUGCCCCCCCGACCUCAGCAGCAGCAGCAGCAGCAGCAGCAGGCCCGAGCCCGUGCCCCCGAUCGUCUCACUGCCUCGCCUUUGCAGCAUGCUCGGCGGACGGCAGUGCUACCACAUCGUCGUCUUCGGCGGGAACCUUGGUUCUGUUUGGGGGGCUUGGGCACGCCGACGGUUUCGAGGAGGAAACGAUGCCGCUGAACGACCUGUGGGUGCUUCACCUGACCGCUGCUGCUGUGGCUUUGGGUCCGGGUUCUGGCAGUGGUGCAAGCGACGGCGAGGAAGGGGAGGUGGUCCGGUGUGUGUGGUCGGCGGUUUUGCUGGACGGGGUCGGGCCGUCACCGCGCUCGCUGGCUGCUAUUGUCGCACCUAGGCAACGCUACGGAAACACUGGCAGCAACAACAGGGCCGAUUUGUUCUUGUUCGGCGGGUAUGGGCUGGUGGAGCUUAGCAGCGGCGGCAUGGUCAUUGACGGGGCGGAAGAGGAAGAGGAAGAGGAAUGUGGCGAGAUCAUCAUGGCGUACAUCGAUGACCUGUGGAGGUUGAGUUCAGAGAGUGGCGGGGCCGAUGCGGGUGGGUUCGCCCCUACAGAGUGGGUCAACGAGGCGGGGAUGGGAUUUGCGGGAGAGUCGAUAGUGGAGGGCAGGAACGGGCACACGCUGACUUGGUGCGGCAAGAAGCUCGUUCUUUUCGGUGGUUUUGUGGGAGACGGCUUCGACGCGGGCGUCCAUGUCGCCGAACCACCGUCGUCUACAGAUUGAAUGGAAGGAAGCAGAAGUGAACCUGUUCCUUGUGCACUUGCAGCAAGUUUCAAACGUCUGGCAGAUCGGCCGUUGGUGCCAUGGAAGUACAACUUGCAGUGCGUAUUUGUAGUUCGUGCAAGAGUCAGCGUGGUCGCCUUAGUGGGAAUGGUUUCGAACGGCCAUCUGCAGCGAGCUAUAACCUUUCGAUUGCUUAAUCAAGGCUCGUUUUUUCGCAUUUUUGAAGACUUGGACCCGACUGCAGACCACCUGGAAUAACGUUAUAAGCCACUUUUUUUUCGUGUUUGGAGGGGAGAUGAGAACCAACCUGGUACAAGUGGAAGUGUCAAAGUGAGUCGGUUCAGUCGUGCCGACUUGAGAUGGGCGUGUUUUCUUAUACAGUACCGCACACGAUGGUAUCGAGGUCGAGGCCGGGAGGAAUGUUUCGGCAGGC